AUGGAACCGGAAGAGGGGACCCCCUUGUGGCGGCUGCAGAAGGUGCCGGCGGAGCUGGGCCCGCAGCUUCUUCACAAAAUGAUUGAUGGCAUGUGUGGCCGGGCUUAUCCUCUCCACCAAGACUAUCAGAGCGUUUGGGAUUCAACAGAGUGGAUUCACGUUCGAGAAGACAUUACCACAUUUUUCAAAGAUGCCGUGGGCAAAAGUUUAUCUGAUGAAGAGAUAUCUCAGCAGUUGAAUCAGUUGCAUUCUUUUCAUCAGGAAGCAAUCCUGAAAUGCUUGCGAAGCCGAAAAGAUGAAAUCAAGCAGGCUCUGUGGGGGGAAAUCGUGGCUAUUUCCUCUGCCCAGCUUCAGGACUUUGAUUGGCAGCUAAAGCUUGCACUUUCCAGUGACAAGAUUGCUACCUUACAGAUGCCACUGUUAACCCUUCACCUGGAUGUGAAGGAAAAGGGUGCAGUUACACCCUAUUCUGUCGAGAUGAGUAAAGAAGAGCUGCAGAGUCUCACCGAACCCUUGGAAGCGGCUAAUAAGGUGGUCUUGCAGUUGAAAUAAGGAGAAGUGAUGACGAACAGAGCUGUUACUAUUCCCUGCGCCACCUGAUCUGGCGGAACGAAUGCUGUGCGCUCAGAAAACCUGCAGUGUCCCGGUGCCACACUGAGAAAGAUGAGAUUACAAACAUAAAAGGUUAUUACCUUCC